CAUAAAAACAAAGAAUACCUUACUCAGAAUUAACCCAGACAAACUCUAACACACAAAGAAUACCUUACACAUAAUUAACCCAAACAAACUCCAACACUCUCUCAUUCUGUUUUGUCGAAAAGUUGCUUCGACUUGGCAACUUUUCUCCGAAAGAAAUUUCCCAUAACAGCUCACUUUUCUCUUUCUGACAGCGUAUCAUCCUCUCUUUCAACGGAAAAUAUGACCUCAGUCGUUCAGGGAUUCACUAAGUCGCUUGCGAUGACAGUGCUAUCGGAGAUCGGCGAUAAGACUUUUUUCGCUGCCGCGAAAAUACCUGCCUGGGUGUGUUGUGUGGCCAUGUUGAAUUUGCUGAGACUGUAUUUGCAAGAUGGAGUGUUGGCAACUUAUUUAUGUUCGCUUCCGAUCUUGGCCAUGCGUCACCCAAGAAGACUUGUUUUGUCAGGUUGCCUAGCGGCUUUGAUAGUUAUGACUAUCCUUUCUGCUGCUCUUGGCUGGGCUGCUCCAAAUCUGAUCUCUCGUGCGUGGACUCAUCACAUAACAACAAUAUUGUUUUUUGGAUUUGGGCUUUGGUCCUUGUGGGAUGGAUUUAAUGACAAAGGGGAGGCUGAAGAAUUGGCAGAAGUUGAAGCAAAAUUGGAUGCUGAUUGGAAAGCUAACACAGGAACGGCCAAAGUUGGUAGCAAGGACAGUGACGAAUUGAAAAAGCAGAGGCGGACAUUUCUUUCACAGUUCUUCUCACCUAUACUCUUGAAAGCAUUUUCCAUUACAUUCUUUGGUGAAUGGGGUGACAAGAGCCAGAUAGCCACCAUUGGCUUGGCUGCUGAUGAGAACCCGUUUGGUGUUGUUAUAGGUGGAAUUGUAGGGCAAGCACUGUGUACUACUGCCGCUGUCAUUGGUGGAAAGAGCUUGGCAUCUCAAAUAUCUGAGAAAAUAGUUGCGUUGUCAGGUGGAGUUCUUUUUAUUGUUUUUGGAAUCCAAUCCUUCCUUUCAACGGUUGAGUAGACCCGUCAUCUAACACGUAGUAUCUACUUACAUUCAUUAUGAUGUGGGGGGUUAUAGGGGAACUAGGGUGCAUGGGUGAGUGCUGCCAAUUUAUUAUUGGAAAAGGAAAGGAAACGCUGGAAAAAUGUAGUCCAGCAGAAUAUUCAGAAUUGGUUGAGCGUUAAUAAUUUCACUGGUGUGAGAUAGCUACGCAUCGUUCACUCCCGGUUGAAGCGAUCAUACGUCUGUAAUGUGUAUGUCCCAUAAUUUCUAUUUAAAUAUAUAUAUAUAUAUAUAUAUAUAUAUAUAUAUAUAUAUAUAUAUUAAUAUAUGAUAUGUCAAUAUGUUAUUUUUCAUCUUCCUUGUAUACCGAAGGGGAAGUUUCCCUAGUUUACUUAUCUCAAUAAAGUAUAUGAUUGGUUUGAAGAA